GGGAUGUCAAAAUAUUUCUUGGAAUCUCUCUCAUCAUAUCAAUGAAGAACGAAGUGCAGCUUUCGUAAUAAUAUAAUAACAUCCGUAGCCCUAAAAUUGUAUAUUAAUCACUGUCUAUAUCAUCAAUGUGAUCGUGAUGAAGAUGAUGUUAAAAACCCGAACGGAACUUGCAGUAAAAUUUUCAGCGGUCGUAAAUGUGGGCGGUAAACUAAAAAUAAUAUGGACGGAAAUUCGCUGCCUUCUCCAUUGUCGGCCAAAUACAAAGGCACAUUUGGGUAUUACACAGUUCGUGACCGGUUACCUGUGAUUUUGACCAAGGUUGUGGACACCCUUUGUCGCAUGAAUAGUAAGAUUGCUGAUCAGUAUGAUGAAGAACAUGCUGAGAGUCUCAAAAAUAUAUGUGGUCGGAUAUCUCAGCUAAAAUAUGAAGUACAAACCAAUAAACCAGUAACUCCAAUUCAAGAUGGCUGGGCUGAUGCCAUAGUUUGGGAUAAAUAUUACAAGAAGCAGAAGACACUAAUAGAUGGGGCUGAACCUUGCUGGUUUGUUAGUCCAUGGCUCUAUAUGGAGUGUUACAUGUACAGAAAGAUCAUGGAGUCCAUUCACUUAUCCAAGCUGCUGGGUGACAAAAUUGAUCCAUUCAGGGAUCAGAAAGAACAAGCAUUUAUGACAUCACAAGCAGCAACAAUCGCUGUUUCCAUGGACCUCAUGGAGAAACUGACCAAACUUGAUGAAAUUGCUGAACCAUUAAAAUAUAUUUUCGUACAUUAUUUAAAGAUUGCACUGUGGGGGAACAAGUGUGACCUGUCUAUAUCAGGGGGUGAUGAAAAUACACAGACAAGCUGUCCCUUGGCUCAAGUAGACAUCCUAGAACCAUACAUCUUAGUGGACAAUACGAGCCAAGUGUGGGACACCCUCGUUGCUAUCAAAAAAGCCAAAUCAGGCCAUGGUCAAUUGGAUAUUGUUCUUGAUAAUGCUGGCUUUGAAUUAGUCACUGAUCUCUGUCUCGCUGAACUGUUGUUAUCCAGUGGCUUUGUCAGUAAGGUUGUCUUCCAUGCCAAGGCAAUGCCAUGGUUCGUGUCUGAUGUCACACUGCAUGACUUCCAUUGGACACUGCAGAUGUUCUGUGCAUCAAACAACAUGGGGAUGUCUCAUUUUGGGAACCUUUGGCAAUCGAGGCUAAAGGAUGGAUCAUGGUCACUUAGGGUACAUGAAUUUUGGACAUUACCACAUAGCUUUCACGAAAUGGAAGAAACAGUUCCAAAACUUUAUGCUGAACUUGAGCUGUCUGAUUUCAUCUUCUUUAAAGGAGAUUUGAACUAUAGGAAACUAACAAGUGAUAGAAGCUGGGAUUUUACGACAUCAUUCCAGAAAACUCUGCAGGGUUUUACUCCUGCUCCACUGUGUACUCUCAGGACUCUGAAAUGUGAUACUGUUGUUGGCUUGAAUCCAGGACAAGCUGAGAAGGUGGAAAAGGAGGAUUCUGAUUGGAUGAUAACAGGAAGUUAUGCUGUUAUACAAGCAUAUAUUCCAUAGAGCAAAUGACCUUUGAAAUCUUUAAACUGCAUUUCUAGAAUUGUCAGUGAUCAAAUCUUUUUGGGGUAAUGCGACAUUUGAAUGGUCCUCAAGAAAGUCCACAGUAAGUCAGAUAUUGAGAAAGAAGAUUUCAAAUGGACAUCAAUUUCUCAAAACUGGGUUGAAAGACUUAAGACCAUUAAGAGAAGCUGUCCAUUUGUCUGUCCGGGUGAUAAUUCAAAUAACAGUUGCAGACUUGCUUUAGGGAAUCUAGUCUUAUCUAUUUAUUUCUCAAUAAAUUGCUCAACUGUAGUAUUUUUUCCAUAUAGGCCUGGUGAAUAUAUACUGUACAUACAUGUAUAAUAUUUAGGAUGAUCUAAUGAUUCAGUCGAUCGUAUUUGUAUCAGAAUCAAUAGUACAUCUGGAGGGAGUUUCUGGGACCUUGUUUUUUAUUACUUGAUUUUACAUAUUUCUACGAAUUAUUAGAACUUAGUUUUUUAACUUUGAGUAAUAAGUUUAGAUUAAUGGAGUAAUGUUUUUGGAUUUGAUAUAUAAGUGGUUGCUAUGUAAACAUGUCUUAUUGAAGAUUUAUCAG